AUGUCACAAAUUCCGGAUCGUGACCUUCAUUAUAAUGAAGGAGAUAAAAACGAGAGCAUCGAGAGAGAUAACUCCGAUGGUUCUCUACGCUGUCCGCUCUUCGUACAGGAUACCGAUGAGAUGAUCGAUGAAGAUGGGAAUUUGUGGAUCUGUUGGGUUGAUGAAGAAGAAUGGAAGAAAGAACAGAUAGCUCGUCAAAAAGCUGUUCGGAUCUCUCGCAUUUUUUGUGCGCUAGAAGCUAUCGCCACGUCUUCCGAGGAUGCUCCAAUAGUUACAGAUACUUUGAUUGGCAUGCCAUCUGAGACAAAAACUGCCGGUAUAGCUUCAGUGCCAUCGACUGGCUUUUUAACAGCUACCAGUACUCCUUCAACUGAGGAAUACUUUCCUUUACCAGCUGUAUUGGAUCCAGAGCCAGAUAAUUUUAUUCCAGUGGUCUCUACUGGUGAGGAACAUCCGCGUCCUUUGUCAGAGAUCUUUGUGUUUGGGGGCUAUGACUACGAUACUGCAGUCGAGGACCAUCACUAUGAUCUUGAAGACGAGGAUGAAGAUGACACCAGGCGACUUUUCUCUCAAGGCUUUCAUUAUAAUACUGAAGUUGAGGAUGAAGAUGACGACGAAGAAGAGAGUGAUAGUGAUGACGAAGGCAACGAUGACAGCGACGACGAUAGUGGUAACUGCAACGAUGAUAAUCUCGAUACUGAUACUGAGAAUGAGGACCGGGAUGAUAGUGAGGGUGGGUGUAAUCUCCAUUCCGAGCCCGAGGAUAAUGACGAAAGUCUAAAUCCGGACACGGUAGAGGCUACUCCUAGUAUUCCUCUAAACAAUACACUCGCCAUUGCUUCCAACCAGGGGCCUGUUGAGAAAUUUACUGACACCGCAUGGGACUUAAUCGGUAAAACACUAUUCACUACCGGUGUUUGUGUGUGGAAGAUAGUUCCAGAAAAGUUGAAAGAUAAAUUAAAAGCUCGUUUUGCUGAUCAUCUUGCUUCUGGCGCUGGCAGUCCCAGCACGGUCGUUGAGCAGGAGGCUCACUCACAAGAGGAAGAGAAUAAUAAUAUCUCGGAGAAUGAUGCGGCUGUUCCUCAUGAUGGACAUGGUGUGGACUAUUCGGAUUACCUGGCUUGUAUGGUUUAUCUAAACUAUUCAAACUACCCGGAUUAUCCAGACGAGAUGAAUGAUGAUUCAUUCCAGGACGAGGAAGAGGAAACCUCCGGUUUUGGCAAAGAAGUAUUGGCUUACGCCAAGGCUCGGAACCGUAGAAUUCGUAUUCUCUCUGGAAUGGAUGCUCGUGGUCAGGUCGUUCAUAGUUGCGAAGAUGCCUGCAAGGAUCAUGAUAAUAUCUUGGUUCCUCUACCUGUAGAUGAUGACGGAGAAUAUAAGGAAGAAGAUAAGGAUGACGAUGAUGAUGAUGAGAAUGAUGAUGACUUGGAAGAAGAAGAAGAAGAAGACGAAGAUGGUGAUGAUGACGAUGGUGAUAAUGGGGAAGAUGAUGGAGGUUAUAAUACAGAUCUUGAAGAAGAUGAUGACGAAAACGAAGUAGUAACAGAAUGGAUAGUAGAUGAUGACGAAGACGAAUUAAUAACAGAAUGGAUAGAUAAUGAUAAUGAUAUAGGCGCAGAAAGAUUAGCAUGGCUAGCAUAUGGAGAAGACGAAGACGAAGACGAAGACACCGAAGAAGAAUACGAAGAGUACGAAGACAUCGAAGACGAAGAAGAAGACGAACAAGAACUUGACCAAACCCUCCCCGCCAGAUUCUAUCGCAUCGUAAUCAAAGCAUGGGACUUCCUAAUCGAAGAACUCGGAAACGAAUGGGCGCUCGCGAACCGAACUACCUGUUACCGCUACAUCAACAAGAUCUGGCGACGAUGGGUCGUACACGCGAGAAUGCGCGGAGGGAGGGAAGAUAUCUGGGGAGAGAAUCCGGAUCUGUGGGAGGGUGAGUUGGAAUUUGUGGAGAGAUGUCCUUGCGAUCUGAGGACUUCUAAGUAUUCGCGGAGACGGUAUGGGGGGCGGUUUGGGGGGUUUCGUCUUUUGUUUUAUAGAGGCUAA